UGCCAAAAAUAAUGUGGCCCAUUUUGUUGCUGAUCAUUCUAGCACUACUUGGUGUCCUUUCGAUCGCCCGUAGGAGUAGCAUCUGGACCGUGUUCAGGAAGGAUGACAUUCAGCGCUUUGGAUCCGUCGUCGGAAUGUUCCGCAACAACGAUCGGCUGUUCCGGAUCAGCUACGGUCCGGUGAAGCUUCUCGGGACGUGCCAUCCGGACGUGAUUCAGCAGAUUUUGACCAAUCCAGGCUGCGUGGAAAGGCCUUUCUUUUACCGCUUUACGGGGCUCGAGCAGGGACUGUUGAGUGCUAGACAUCAACAGUGGAAGAUCCAACGGAGGGCGUUGAAUCCGACGUUCAACCUGAAGAUCCUCAACAGCUUCAUACCGAUCUUUGAAACGUGUAGUCGUAAGAUGGUGGAAGAGUUGAAGGGGAUGGAGAGUGGAUCCACGGUGAAUAUCCUGCACCACGUUUCAAAGUGUACGCUGGAAAUGGUUUUUGGAACUACGAUUGGGAUGGAUGUACUGCAGAGGGAUGAUACCGAUGAAGUGUUGGGAUACAUUGAGAGAUUGUUCAACUUGGUAUCUAGAAGAAUGCUUAGUGCACAUCUCUACUUUGAUUGGAUUUAUCGAUUUACUAAGGAUUACAGGGAAGACCAAAGACUAAGAAAGAUUUGCAUGGAAAAAGCGAAUGAGAUUAUUAAUCAACAAAAGAAAAACAUAAUGAAUCAGAUAGAUAUUAACGGAAACCUUGAAACCAAUGCUGAAGAUCACUACAACAAACCAGAGAUUUUCAUUGUGAAGUUACUAUCGGAAACUUUUGAUGGGAAGACCUUUAGUGACGAAGAAAUCUUUCACAACGCGUACACCAUUAUUGUAGCGGGCAACGACACUUCCGCACUCACCGUCGCGUCCUGCUGCCUAUUCCUGGCUAUGUACCCCACAAUCCAGGACAAAGUUCACUCGGAAAUCGCCCAGAUCUUCCCAUCGAAACACUCCCCAAUCAACCCUGACGACCUGAAGCAGCUGGUGUACCUCGAGAUGGUAAUCAAGGAAACGCUCCGACUUUGCCCGGUAGCACCAAACAUUGCCCGGGAAGCGCUUCAGGACGUUCUGGUUGAUGGAACAGUCGUUCCCAAAGGUACCAUCAUGCUGAUGUCCUUCUACGCGCUUCACCGUCGAAUCGAUAUUUGGGGAGACACGGCAGAAGAGUUCGACCCGGAGAACUUCGAUCAGGAUCGGGCCAAGUCACGGCAUCCCUUUGGAUAUCUGCCGUUUAGUGGUGGUUCUCGGAACUGCAUCGGCUGGCGGUACGCGAUGAUGAGCGUCAAGAUCAUGCUGGUACAUCUGGUGCGCGAGUUCAAGCUUAGCACGAAGCUAACGCGUCAGGACCUGCGAUACCGUUUCGAUAUGACGCUGAAGCUGGCCAUCGAACAUCUGGUGCAACUCGAGAGGCGAUAAUUACUCAGUCAGCUUUUUGUGUGUGAUGUAUCUCAUAACUUGUGAUUAAAACGGUGUUUUCAACAA